AUGUCUGGAAAAUCUUUCAAGGAAUCCAGAGUGUCUCCUAUACACCAGAAAAGCCAUAAGACUGAGCGUACUUUCUCAUGCCCAGAGUGCGGGAGAUGUUUUAAUCUAAAAGGAAACUUUCUCAAUCACCAGAGGAUUCACACGGGUGAGCGUCCUUUCUCAUGUUCAGAGUGCGGGAAACGUUUUAGCGACAAAGGAAACCUUCUUAAGCAUCAGAGAAUUCAUACAGGUGAGCGUCCCUAUUCAUGUUCAGAGUGCAGGAAAUGUUUUACUCAGAAAGUAGAGCUUGUUAAUCACCAGAGAAUUCACACCGGCGAGCAUCCUUUCUCGUGUUCGGACUGUGGUAAGGGAUUCAUUCAGAAAGCGAACCUUCUUAAACACCAGAGAACUCACACAGGCGAGCGUCCUUUUUCAUGUUCAGAGUGCGGGAAAGGUUUCAUUCAGAAAAGAGACCUCGUCGUUCACGAGAGAAGCCACACGGGUGAGCGUCCUUUUUCAUGUUCAGAGUGUGGGAAAUCUUUCACUCAAAAACGACAACUUGUUAUCCACCAGAGAAUUCACAAGAGUGAGCGUCCUUAUUCAUGUUCAGAGUGCGGGAAAAGUUUCAGCCAGAAAGGAAAUCUUAUUAAUCAUCAGAGAAGUCACACAGGUGAGCGUCCCUAUUCAUGUUUGGAGUGUGGGAAAUGUUUCCAUGAGAAAGGAAACCUUCUUAAGCACCAGAGAAUCCACACAGGUAGACGUCCCUAUUCAUGCUCAGAGUGCGAAAGGACACCUCCUCAACCACCACACCGGAGGACUCACACGGGCGAGCGUCCCUUUUCGUGCUCAGAGUGCGGGAAACGUUUCUAUCAGAAAAGAGACCUGGUUGUUCACCAGAGAAUUCACACGGGUGAGCGGCCUUAUUCGUGUGCAGAGUGCGGGAAAGCUUUCAUUAAGAAAGGAAAACUUGUUAUCCACCAGAGGAUUCACAAGAGCGAGCGUCCUUUCUCAUGUCCAGAGUGCGGGAAAGGUUUCAGUCAGAAAGGAUACCUUCUUAAACACCAGAGGACUCACGCAGGAGAGCGUCCUUACUCGUGUUCAGAGUGCGGGAAAUGUUUUAUCCACAAGGUAAGCCUUCUUAAACAUGAGCGAAGUCACACGGGGGAGCGCCCUUAUUCGUGCUCCGAGUGCGGAAAAGGUUUCAACGAUAAAGGACACCUCCUGAAACACCAGAUGAUUCACACGGGUGAGCGUCCUUAUUUGUGUUCGGAGUGCGGGAAGUGUUUCAUUCAGAAAUGGAACCUUGUUAAACACCAGAGAAGUCACACGGGGGAGCGUCCUCAUUCGUGUGCGGCGUGUGAGAAAUGUUUCACCACCAAACAAAAGCUUCUAAAGCACCAGAGAUGUCACACAGGCGAACGCCCUUAUUCGUGUUCAGAAUGCGGGAAAUGUUUCAUUCAAAAAGAAAAUCUUCGGAAGCACCAGAGAAGUCACACAGGAGAACGUCCUUAUUCGUGUUCAGAGUGCGGAAAACGUUUCACUCAGAAAGGACACUUUGUUAAACACCAAAGGACUCACACGGGCGAGCGGCCUUAUCCAUGCUCAGGCGAGCGCCCGUAUUCGUGUUCUGAAUGCAAGAGAUGUUUCAUUUCGAAAGCGGAAAUUGUCAACCAUCAGAGGAUCCACACGGGGGAGCGUCCUUAUUCGUGUUCGGAGUGUGGGAAAUGUUUCAGUAACAGGACUACACUUACAGUACACCAGAGAGUUCACACGGGCUAA